AUGGGUUGUAGUAGCUCCAUAUUUUCGGCGUAUACCGUAGAAGAAGUUGAAGCUGAAAUCGCAAAUUUUGCACCUCGUUUACCUGCAGCCGUACUUAUGAACGGUGGUAUUAUCAAGUUUGAAGGUGCAAAUGGAUUUUUCAAUCCGAAUUCUCUACUUAAUCCGAAUUGGUUACAAGGGAAAAUGGCACCGCAAGAAUAUUAUGAAGCAAUUAAUUAUAUUACAAAUGUACGGCUCAUACUCAUGUUGGCCUGA